AUGGCCUCCCGAACCUUUUCCCGGGCUCUUCGCUCGCAAUUGAUUCGCCAAUUGGCCUCGCCCGCCGUCCAGCAGCGAACCAUCGCUGCCGCGGGUCGGAGCUUGGCCCGUCAGGCUCGCCCUGCCAUGGUCGGCCCUGCUCAGCAGGUCCGCGGCAUGAAGACGAUUGACUUUGCCGGAUCGAAGGAAGACGUCUAUGAGCGUGCCGACUGGCCCCAGGAGAAGCUUCUCGACUACUUCAAGAACGAUACCCUCGCCCUCAUCGGCUACGGUUCUCAGGGUCACGGCCAGGGCCUCAACCUCCGUGACAACGGUCUCAAUGUCAUCAUUGGUGUCCGCAAGGAUGGAAAGUCCUGGAAGGACGCCAUCCAGGAUGGCUGGGUUCCCGGCAAGAACCUCUUCGAGGUCGACGAGGCCAUCUCUCGCGGUUCCAUCAUCAUGAACCUUCUCAGCGAUGCCGCUCAGUCCGAGACCUGGGCUCACAUCAAGCCCCAGCUCACCAAGGGCAAGACCCUCUACUUCUCCCACGGUUUCUCUCCCGUCUUCAAGGAGCGCACCAAGGUUGAGCCCCCCACGGACAUCGAUGUCAUCCUCGUUGCCCCCAAGGGCUCCGGCCGUACCGUCCGCUCUCUCUUCCGUGAGGGCCGUGGUAUCAACUCUUCCUUCGCCGUCUUCCAGGACGUGACCGGCAAGGCUGAGGAGAAGGCUAUUGCCCUCGGUGUUGCCAUCGGCAGCGGUUACCUCUACAAGACCACCUUCGAGAAGGAGGUCUACUCCGACCUCUACGGUGAGCGUGGCUGCCUCAUGGGUGGUAUUCACGGUAUGUUCCUCGCCCAGUACGAGGUUCUCCGUGAGCGCGGCCACAGCCCCAGCGAGGCCUUCAACGAGACUGUUGAGGAGGCCACUCAGAGCUUGUACCCCCUCAUCGGUGCCAACGGCAUGGACUGGAUGUACGAGGCCUGCUCCACCACCGCCCGCCGUGGUGCCAUCGACUGGACCCCCCGCUUCAAGGAUGCCCUCAAGCCCGUCUUCAACGACCUCUACGAUUCCGUCAAGAACGGUACCGAGACCCAGAGGUCGCUCGACUACAACAGCCAGCCUGACUACAGGCAGAAGUAUGAGGCCGAGAUGGAGGAGAUCCGCAACAUGGAGAUCUGGAGGGCGGGCAAGGCCGUCAGGGCCCUCCGUCCCGAGAACCAGAAAUAA